AUGUUGCGAGUCCAUCUCAGCAAAGUGCUGUCCCUGGUGGUCCAGCGCACGCGACGCCUAAAUCGGAAGCCCUGGUGGCUGGUGCCACCGCUGCGUGCAGCUCUACAGGACAAGAAUUUCCUUGAGAUCUCUGCCAAUGUGUCGGCCUCGCUUGGUGUGAACGAGAGCGCAGACGCGCCUUGUGAAGCACCCCAGACUAUGGAGGCAGCCUCAGCGAAACUGCUGGAAGUGGCACUGGCAGAGGCUCCGCAGAUGGUGCCAUUCGAAGACCGAGUGGCCGUCAUGCAAGCGAUGAUCCGGGUCGACAAGAUGCAGCGCGAAGACACCCGAGCCGACUGGGCACGUGCAUCUUUGAGGAAACACCGAAUUCGUCGGGACUACAUCAUGGAGGACGGGUUUGCAGCCUUUGCGCAAUUGAAGACCGAAGCAGAGCUCCGGUCAACCUUCGUGGUCGAGUUCGUUGCAGCAGAUGGCAGCCUGGAGAGCGGAAUCGACGGCGGCGGAUUGUUCAAAGAGUUCAUGAUUCUUGUCUGCCGUGCGGCCAUGAGCCCCGCGUAUGGUUUGUUCAGUGCGAGCAGCGACCAGACGCUCUAUCCAUUCCCAACGGCUCACAUGCUGCACCCGAAUGCGCCACAGCUGUACACAUUCUUGGGCAAGGUCAUUGGAAAAGCGAUCUACGAGCAAAUGCUGCUGGAACACCAGCUCAGCCGAGCUUUCCUUAACAGAAUACUGGACAAGAUGGGAGAUGCCGAGGACCUGGCCAGUAUGGACCGCGAGGCUGCCCGUAACAUUGCUCAGUUGCGCCAGACCAAGAACAUCAAGGAGCUCGGCCUCACAUUCAGCACUGCCGUGCCUAUGCCGGGUGGCGCGAUUCAGGAGGCAGACCUCUGCCAGCGCGGGAGAUUCCGGGCUGUGACCCAGGACAACGUGGACUCCUAUGUGCAGCUCUUGAUGGAUCACCGCGUUACUGCGCAGAUGGCACUUCAAACACAUUUCUUCCUGGAAGGGUUAAAGUGUGUUCUAGACUUGAAGUGGCUCCGCAUGUUCGACGCGCGCGAGCUUGGGAUCAUCAUCUCCGGGUCUUCUGCUGGAUUUGACGUGGCAGAUCUGAAAGAAAACACGGUCUACAAUGGUGGAUUCACGGAUCGCAGUCCGGUGAUUCGGUGGCUCUGGGACUUGCUGGAGAAUGGACUGGACUCCGAGGACAUGGGCCGCUUCCUGAUGUUCGCCACGUCCUGCAGCCGACCGCCUCUUCUGGGUUUCAAGAGCUUCGAGCCCAAGUUCUGCAUCCACAAGGUUGACGACUCGUCUCGCUUGCCAACAGCGUCAACAUGUGCAAAUCUCUUGAAGCUGCCAGCGUAUACCAGUCAACAAAUGCUGCGGGACAAGUUACUUCAAGCCAUUCGUUCCGAGAGUGGCUUUGACUUGAGCUGA